AGGUUCACCCUUGAACACGAACCUCGAUGAUGGCAACACAGACAGUCCCAACACGAACAGCAUUCGUAUCGCAGCCCAAUGGUAUCGAGUCAUCGCCGUCGAGCAGCGCCGCAAGUUCUAUGUCGCCCGAGCUGGAGCAAACUCUCGCCUUGCUCUCGUCACAUAGAUCUGUCCUUGGAUAUAUGCUCUUAUCUAGAGGUCAUCCCACAAGCAUCAUACGCCAUUCAGGUGUAGUCUUCGAUGGCGAGCAAGGGAGAAAAUACGCCGGUGUCAUCAGCAGAAUAGUGGAGACGGCACAGGUCGGACUGGAAGAAAUCAGUGGCGGAGAUUCAGAUGCUGAUGAGGUGCGGUUCUUGAGACUUCGAACCAAACGACAUGAAAUAAUGAUCUCGCCAGAUGACCGGUAUCUUCUGGCUGUUCUGCAUGACCCCGCAACAUAGCCUGCCUAUACGAUCUGUAUCAAUAGUCGAUCUUGUACAUUUACGGGACUCUUGCAUAUACCAUCCU